AUGGAAAUGAAAGCAAUGUCAUUUGAGAAAAUAAUUCCUGUUCAGAAAAUAAAUAAACAAGAAACAAUCAUCAGUACUAAUGGACGAAUAGGAGACCCACUUACUUCUAACGAAUAUGCAAAUAGAAAUCUGCUAACAGCUUCGAAUCAAACAACAACAAUUACAUCACCACUUGUUAUCCUCCCAACUCAAAUUUAUAAACCUUCAAUAAUUUUUCCUCCACCAAUAGCAAAUCAAUGUCAAUCAUCACCAAAUACAAUUUCAUCAUCAACAAUACUUCUAAUGGAUCAAAUGAAAACUCUUUCUAUUUCUUCAACUUCUAUUCCACCUAUAACAUCAUCAAGACUUGUAUCAAUUGUAUCCUAUUUAGGUGAAUAUGAAAUCGUAGAUACAACAAUAAAAACUGAUAUUAUUAAUGAACAAUAUUCAUCUUCAUCAAUAAACGAAAUAAUAAAAAAUGAUCAUCCAUGGUUUCAAUCAAAAUCUAAUAAUAAAAAUGAUCAAUCACGAGAUAUAUCUACUUCUACACCUUCAAAUGAUGGUGGUAUUCGUUUUGCAAAUACAUCAAGAGGACCACCAACAACAUCUUCAAUGUAA